GCAAGGUGCACUUUUAUUACCGCAGACAACACAGACACUCCGCAGCUGACGGGAUUGCCGAACGAUCCUCGCUUUGGACGUCGUCGGGCCACACACGGACAGGUCGGGGGGAAAAAUGGCGAGUUUGGAUCCGCUGAAGUCAGUCAUCGCCAUCGGCAAUGUGGACGACACCUCGCUGGCCGUGCCGUCCGUUAACCAGUACCGAUCAGGACAACAGCGCGUCCUGGAACAAGUGCAGACUAUCAGGAGGACGAAGUCGAGGCAGUCUAGCACCAGGAGUGGAUCUACUUCUUUAUCUCCAACAAGCCCUUCAUACGACUCUGUGUUCGUGGAUGGUUUGAAGUCACAGUCGAGUACAUCUAAUGGGAUGGUUUUCUUUGGAAAUGGCAUCUCUAAAACUCUCAGUUUUGAGAAAAACAUGAACCGGCAAGUAAUCAGCAAUUCCAAGAGAUCCACUGUGAAGAGGAACACAGCAGCUUCCACUUACCAGUAUGAUAAAAGUCACACACCCGUCGGCUCGGCGGCCAGGGGUCAAAACAACACCAGCCACAGCGAGCCUGAUCUGGCCCGGCAGCUCUCCAUGCCAAAGCGCUCUGUUCCUCCGCAGAGAUUCCUCUCCAACAGGGGCACCUACAAGGCAGAGAGGGCCAUCAGUCAGUAUAUAACCAACACCACAGCAGCCCAGCAUCAGUUCAUGAGCACCACCACUGGCCAGCCUCAGUACACUAUGAAUGGCACAAGUCAGAUCAAGACAAACAACCAGUUCAUAUGCUCUCAAAUUGAUACACCCAAACAACUUUCAAAGCUUCAGGUCACAGAAGAUACGACCAAGAACAAAGCAGAUUCUGGGUGUAUGGGAACAAAUGGGAACAGUGGAGUUGCAGAUAUCACCAUGAAGGAGGCAGUGGAGUGUCUUUCCAGCAACGACGAGACAUAUCAGCACUGUGGCGCGUCCUACAUUCAGCACCACACUUUCGUUGACGACAAGGCUAAAGAGGAGGUGUUAAAGUUCAAUGGAAUCCCUCCUCUGGUGGCUCUGCUGCACAGCCCCAGUUCACAAGUCAGCCAGACGGCCUCAGCUGCCCUUCGUAACCUGUCCUUUAAAAGCGACAAUAACAAGGAGGUGAUUCAUCGCAGCGGGGGCAUCACAGAGGCUGUGGCUCUGCUCAGAGAUACAGACUCUGGAGAGAUACAGAAACAGCUGACAGGUCUCCUGUGGAAUUUAUCCUCUGCAGACGACCUCAAGCCAGACCUGCUGAAGAGUGCGUUGCCUGUCUUAAUGGAGCGUGUGAUCUUGCCUUACACAACAGGUCCUGACCGGACCACCCAAGACCCUGAGGCCUUCUAUCACGCUACUGGAUGUCUAAGAAACCUCAGCAGCUCAAAGCAAAACAACAGACAGGUGAUGAGAAAAUGUCGAGGUCUGGUCGACUCCUUGGUCAGUUAUGUGAAAGACUGUGUGGAGGCAGGGAAACCAGAUGAUAAGUCUAUAGAAAACUGUGUGUGCAUCCUGCACAACCUGACGUUCCAGCUGGAGGCAGAGGCUCCGACUUUGUUCAGCAGGAUCACAGCUUUGGCCAAGACUGUCAACAGAAGCCAAAGCCAGAGUGACGCUGGCCCCAUCGGCUGCUUCAACCCACAGAACAAAUCUCCAGAACAAGAGCGUCACUUUGACUUUCCAGUAGUCGAGGAUCCACAGCCUACCGGAGCAGGCUGGCUGUUCCACUCCAAAACUCUGCAGAGUUACCUGAAUUUGCUUAGCACUAGCCAGCGAGAAGAAACACAGGAGGCCUGUUGUGGAGCGCUGCAGAACCUCACCGCACAUGAAGGCAUUGUCUCCAGUGUAAUGAGCCAAACCAUUGUGCAGAAACUGAAUGGCCUGAGGGUUAUCAGUCCCCUUUUGAGGUCAAACAAAGUUAACAUACAGAGGAACACAGUGGCUUUGGUCGGAAAUUUGACCAAGAACCCAAACCUGCACAAUGCCAUGGCUCGUAAAGCCCUCCCGGAGCUGCUGGGCAUCAUCACUGAAAGCACCAAGGAAGGGAAUGAGUCUGAUGACACUCUGGCCAUGGCCUGUCAGGUUGCCAACAGCCUGCUAAUGAAGGAGCCUGAGAUGGGCAAACACCUGUUGAACAAGAACCUGAUUAAGUCGCUAAUGAGUCUCAGCCAAAACGACUAUUUGCCCAAAUCCAGCAAAGCUGCAUCCCUGUUUCUCUACAACCUGUGGUCCGAAAAAGAUUUACAAAGCUUCCUGAAGAAGCAAGGGAUGACUAAGUCUUCGUUUGUAAAUGACGUCACCACGACAGCACUCAAGUCGGUUCAAGUUAUUGAUUAACACGACAGCUUUUACGGAUCUCUGAUUGUCUCUCAUGACUCACCUGCACAUUCUCUGCACAUCUGCAGGAGGUAAACACGCUGAGGCUGAGCAGCAUCCUUUCUCAUUUCAUUUCAGACUUCUUUUUUGAUCUACAUAAUUGGUAUAAUGAAUCCAUCAAUAAAUGAUUACACAGGCCUGUAUACUAUGCUAUAAGGUAACUUUUUUGUAGGAAAAAGGUGAAGGUUGAGAUAUAACAUGUGAGCAGCCUUUUAUUGUAAAUUGUGUGUCUGUGCCUGCAAUCUGCAAUAUGGUGCCUUUGCUUUGUUAGAUAAUAACAUUAGGAUUAAGACUUUGUUUGCACUGAAAUUGCUGUUUUAAUAUCAUGAUGCAAAAUUGUAAAGUGAAUUUGACUAUGUAAAAUUAACAUAGAUACCAGCUUAUUUUCUGUUAAAAUUCAUGAGGUUGCUGUAAGAGCUAUCACAUUAUCUUAAGCAGUGAUAUGUGUUUACAUUUUGUAAAGACAACUCUUGUUGAUGGUGAAUUCUUCUUUUUUCAUAUGUAUAUGUACAAUCUUAAAACAAUCUGCUUGUAUUGUUCCAAAAAGUGGCAAUAAAGCUGGCAACAAUCUACUUUGAGCUGCAGAGGUGACAUGAAUAAACACUACAUCUGGGAA